UUUUUUUUCCUAUUUUUUUUUUUUUCUUUUCCCCCUCCCUUGGAUUGAAGCAGAGGAGAAAGGCUUUCGGAGCACACACUUGAUGUAAACAGACGCAGGCGUUUCGCCUUUAGAGCACGAAGGCUGGGUUGUUGUUUUGCGAACUGCACUGGAGAACCGAGGGGGAUUUUAUGAUGAUCAUCAUGCUCCUAGGUCCAUCUUUGCUCGUUCGCUCUCUCGCCGGCUGCGAGAUGCCAGUGGACAUGUUCUGCUUCUGACUGAAAAGAGGAAAUAAAACGAGGAAAGGAGGAGAUAUUUAAAAGAGAGGGGAAAAAAAAAGCGUAACAUCGCUUUCAGCUGGGAAACUUUCUGAAUAUUUCUGGAAGAGGAUAAGAGGAUGUUUGCCGGGUUUACAGACCGAAGGCUCGGUGGAUGUUUAUCCGGAGGGAAGCGUGCUCGGUGUUAGCAGAAGACGCUCCGGGCGCCGGGACGGGCUCGCUCAGCGGAGCUCUCUGAGAAAAUGAGUUUCGGGGUGAGCUGCUGAACCAGAGGUGGACCUGCGGAGAGAAGAUCAGCAGCUGCGAGGGAGCCGCCAGCCUGCACGGCACGUGCAUCAAGAUGAGUUUAGAAAAUGAUGAUAAGAGAGCACGCACACGAUCGAAGUCCGUCAGAGUGCCCACGGAGCUCAUCAGCCAGGAGGUGAGCUGUCCAACCCCAGGCUGUAAUGGCUCAGGACACAUCCGUGGAAAGUAUGCAAGACACAGAAGUCUGCAAAGCUGCCCUCUAGCAAAGAAGAGGAAACUUCAAGAUGCGGAGGCCGAACACCUGGUGUCGAAGCGCAAAUCCCACCCGCUCAAGCUGGCCUUGGAUGAAGGCUACAACGUCGACAGUGAUGGCAGCGAGGAGGCUGAGGUGAAGGAAGAGUCUGGCUCUGAGGAGUCAGAAGGGACGCUGGAGGAAGAUGAGGUGGAGGCGGUAGAGCAGGAAGAAACCGCCAGCCCCGAGCCAGCAGAAGAGAGAAGCCCUGCAAAAUCAGCCCAUUAUGGACAAAAACCAGCAACAAGUACGUCUGGGCCCAGCAAGGCCAACUAUAGCAACUACCAAGAAAUAAUCGCCAACUCUCUCCUAAACCUAGGCCAAAUAGCAGAGGAAACCCUCGCCAUCGAAGGGCAGCUGCCUGAAGCUGAGCUGCAGGUAUCCAAGCCACCAUCCAAUGUUGUGCACCUGGUCCAUGAGGAUGCGGGAGAGGAGAUUGUGGAGGAGGAGGAGUGCGACAAGGAGAUUAUCAUCCAGACUGAGGAUGCAGAGGAAGUCAUCGAGGUCACUAGUGAACGCAGCAGUGAGUUAUGUCCGGAGCACCAGGAUGACACGAACUGCGAAGAGUCCUGCAAGCUGCAGAAGGGCAUGGAAGCUGAAGCAGAGGAAGAGGAUGAGGAAGAUGAAGAUGAGGAUGAUGAUGAAGAUGAGGAAGAGGAAGAAGAAGAAGAAGAGGAGGAGGAAGAAGAAGAGGAGGAGGAGGAGGAAGAAAUGGCUCCUGAAGUGAUCUGUGAAGAAGCUCCUCACACUUCUCAGGACACGCAAAAAAGUCACUGUGAAGGGCAGUUCAGCCCUAAGCCCGAGUACUCAGUCAUCGUGGAGGUCCGGUCGGACGAUGACAAAGAUGAUGAUGCCCACUCCCAGAAGUCUGCGGUGACCGAUGAGUCAGAAAUGUACGACAUGAUGACGAGGGGGAACCUGGGGCUGCUGGAACAAGCCAUCGCUCUGAAGGCUGAGCAGGUGAAAAUUGUGAGGGAGCCCAGCCGGCUGCCAGGAGAGCAUGUAAAGCAUUUCCAGGUCGAUGAGAAGCAGAGCAAACCACUGGACGGCAUCCGAAAGAGCUACUAUGGCAAAGAUCCCUCAAGACCUGAGAAGCGAGAAAUCAAAUGUCCAACACCUGGUUGUGAUGGGACCGGCCACGUCACAGGGCUCUACCCUCACCACCGCAGCCUCUCUGGCUGUCCGCACAAAGACAGGAUCCCCCCUGAGAUCUUGGCGAUGCAUGAGAAUGUGUUGAAAUGCCCCACGCCAGGCUGCACAGGACAAGGUCACGUCAACAGCAACCGCAACACGCACAGGAGUUUAUCUGGGUGCCCCAUUGCUGCUGCUGAAAAAUUAGCCAAAUCACAUGAAAAGCAACAAACCCAGUCUGGUGAUCCUUCAAAGCCCAGCUCCAACUCUGACCGGAUCCUCAGGCCUAUGUGCUUUGUGAAGCAGCUGGAGAUCCCCCAGUACGGAAGCUACCGGCCCAACAUGGUCCCAGCCACCCCUCGGGCCAACCUGGCCAAGGAGCUGGAGAAGUACUCCAAGGUCACCUUCGAUUAUGCAAGUUUUGAUGCUCAGGUUUUUGGCAAACGCAUGCUUGCCCCAAAGAUUCAGACUAGCGAAACCUCACCUAAAGCCUUUAAAUCCAAACCUUUUCCAAAGGCCUCUUCCCCCAGCCACAGCCCCUCCAGCAGUUACGUGAAGAGCACUUCAUCUUCCUCCACAGGCUUCGACUACUCCCAUGACGCCGAGGCUGCUCACAUGGCUGCCACCGCCAUCCUCAACCUCUCCACACGCUGCUGGGAAAUGCCGGAGAAUCUCAGCACCAAGCAGCAAGAGGCACCUGGCAAGUCCAUGGACAUUGAGGUGGAUGAAAACGGGACUCUGGACUUGAGUAUGAACAAGAACCGCAAGCGGGAGAGCACAUUUCCCAGCAGCAGCAGCUGCAGCAGUAGUCCCAGCGUGAAGUCCCCAGAUGUGUCCCAGCGCCAAAACAGCACCAGUGCCACGAGCAGCACCAUGACCUCCCCCCAGUCCAGCCAGACCUCCCGCCAGGAUGAAUGGGAUGGGCCCAUUGACUACACUAAACCAAACCGUCAGCGGGAAGAAGAGCCAGAAGAGUCAGAGCCUGCAGCCCAUUCUUUUGCCUCCUCGGAAGCUGAUGAGCAAGAAGUGUCGGAGGAGAACUUUGAAGAACGAAAAUAUCCAGGGGAAGUUACCUUAACUAACUUCAAGCUUAAAUUCCUCUCCAAGGACAUCAAGAAAGAGCUGCUCACUUGCCCUACCCCAGGCUGUGAUGGCAGCGGACACAUCACGGGAAACUAUGCCUCUCACCGCAGCCUUUCUGGUUGUCCUCUUGCUGACAAGAGCCUCAGAAACCUCAUGGCUGCCCACUCUGCUGACCUCAAGUGCCCUACUCCUGGCUGUGACGGUUCUGGUCACAUAACAGGAAAUUAUGCAUCACACAGAAGUCUGUCAGGCUGCCCUCGUGCCAAGAAAAGUGGGAUCAAGAUAACCCCGACCAAGGAUGAUAAAGAAGAUCCGGAGCUGAUGAAGUGUCCGGUCCCUGGCUGUGUUGGGCUUGGACACAUCAGUGGUAAAUAUGCCUCCCACCGCAGCGCAUCGGGCUGCCCCCUGGCUGCCCGAAGGCAGAAGGAAGGAUCCCUCAAUGGCUCCUCAUUUUCCUGGAAAUCACUGAAAAACGAAGGCCCAACCUGCCCUACCCCAGGCUGCGAUGGCUCUGGCCAUGCCAAUGGGAGCUUCCUCACUCACAGGAGUUUGUCAGGGUGCCCAAGAGCUACUUUUGCUGGGAAGAAAGGAAAACUCUCAGGGGAUGAAAUUCUCAACACAAAGUUCAAGACCAGUGAUGUUCUAGAGAACGAUGAGGAGAUCAAGCAGCUGAACAAGGAGAUCAGCGAGCUGAAUGAGUCCAACUCAGAGAUGGAAGCAGCCAUGGUGAAGCUCCAGUCGCAGAUCUCCAGCAUGGAGAAGAACCUGAAGAACAUUGAGGAGGAAAACAAGAUCAUAGAGGAGCAAAACGAAGCCCUGUUCCUGGAGCUCUCAGGGUUGAGCCAGGCUCUAAUCCAAAGUCUUGCCAAUAUCCGCCUUCCGCACCUGGAGCCCAUUAGUGAGCAGAACUUUGAUGCAUACGUGAACACGCUGACCGACAUGUACACCAACCAGGAGUGCUACCAGAACCCAGAGAACAAGGAUCUGCUGGAGAGCAUCAAGCAAGCCGUCAAGGGCAUCCAAGUUUAGUGCCCAGCGAUGGGGAUGGGUGGGCAAGUGGACUGUAAGAUGGAACUUUCCCUCCGAGUAUUCAGGUUUACAAGUUAUAAAACUUGUUUAAUGAAUGAAAAACAAAAAACAAAAAAA